UAUAGAAAUAAUGAUUGUUAAAUAAAUUUAAAAUUUGAGGGAAUUUUCUAAUUUUAUUUUUUUUUUAUCUUAUCGUUCAUAUUAAAAUAGUGUUUUACAUAUUUUUUUUUAUUAGGAUAUACCUGUUAUUUUUAUUAUUAUUAUUUAAAAAAGCAAAAAAAAAAUUGUAAAUUCAAAGACAUUCUAUACAUGAGCAGCAUUGAUUUAAAUGAUUAAAAACUUUGAUCGUGGAAAUUUAUAAUAAUGCCUAUACGUUUAAAUUUAAAAAAAUGGAUUGCUGGGUGUGGUGUAAUAGGUGGUGCAAUGCUUUUUUAUCCAAAUGAUAAUGAUCAUGUUCAAACAUCACAAAAACAACAUUCUUGGAUAACACCUUCAUCUUGGGGCAGAUGGGAUCAUAAUUGGGAUAGACGACAUCCAGAAUGGUUAGCAAACAUAGCUAAAUCAAAUGAUGAAACUGAUAAAGAAUCACGUAAAAAAAGAUCAAUUAAAAAAUCAAAUGUGAAACAUCACAUAAUUUUAAUUCGUCAUGGACAAUAUAAUACAAAAGGCAAAACAGAUUCAGAUCGAACACUUACAACUCUUGGUAGGCAACAAGCAGAGGCAACAGGAAAGAGAUUACAGGAAUUAGGAUUACCAUAUUCCUUGAUUGUACAAUCAACAAUAAUUCGAGCUAAAGAAACUGCUAAAAUUAUAGAAAAAUAUCUUAAAGAUAUUACACUGAAAGAAGAUUCUGUACUUAGUGAAGGUAUGCCAAUUGCACCUGAUCCUCCAAUUAAUGUUUGGAAUUCUGAAAUAGUUGUUUAUGAAGAUGGACCUAGAAUAGAAGCUGCAUUUAGAAAGUAUUUUCAUCGUCCAGAACCUAGUCAGGAAAAAGAUUCAUAUGUUAUUCUUGUUUGCCAUGCAAAUGUUAUUAGAUAUUUUGUUUGUCGAGCAUUGCAAUUUCCACCUGAAGGUUGGUUACGUUUAAGUUUAAAUCAUGGAAGUAUUACAUGGAUAUCUAUUCGUCCUAAUGGAAGGGUAACAUUAAGAAGUUUAGGUGAUAGUGGACAUAUGGAACCACAGCUUAUUUCAUCUUAUUAAAUCAUAUAAUUUAUUUAUUCAUUUAAUAAUGAAAUAUUUAAAUCAUGCAAUUUAUGAUUUGCUAAAAAUGAAAUAUUUUUAAUUAUUUAUUUAUAAAACCAUUAAUAUCGUAUUUCAACAAAUUUUUAUACUUGCAUAAAAUAAUACUUUUUAAAUAAAAAAAUUAUAUGCAAUACAUAGAAUAUUUUGAAAA